UUGGGGGUGUCCCGGGGCACAGAUGGUUGUCCAAGAGGGCUGGGAGUGGGGAUCCGAGGAGGCUCAGGGACUGAUCCUAAAAGACUCAGAGUUGGGGGACUGAGGGGUUCAGGGAGAGAAGUGGGUUUGAGAGGAGUCCGACUCAGGGCUAAAGGCUUCAGGGUGCUGGGAUGAAGGGGCACUCGGGAAAGGAAAUCUGAGGUCAGAGUGGGGCAUGCAAGGAGGCUGAGAGUGGACAUGUCUGAGGAGGCUCAGAUUGGGGGCACAGGGGUGCUCAGAGUGAGAGAUCUGAAAGGGCCUGAGGCCGGAGGAGGGCCCAGGGGGGCCCCGAGUUGUUAGAGAGCCGGGCUCGUGGUUGUGGAUCUGAAGUGGGGUCUCAAAUUAAGGUGUUUAAAGGGGCUCUGGGUGCACCCCUGGGGUUUAUGUGUGGAGCUUUUGAGAAAGGCUCCCUGGGUGGGGUCAGAGAAUGUUCUCUGUGAGAGGAUUGAGAGGGCAAAUGUGUAGUUUGAUGGGCCCUUGGUGGAGUUUUGGAGGACUAUUCUGUGUGCUUACUGUGUUCCGGCAGGGAGACUAGGGGCUUCUGUGUAGCUUUUGAGAUGCUGAGGACUCAGGUUUUAGAGGCCAAGUGAGUUUCACCGCUGAGGACUGGGUGCAAGGAGUUGGUGUCGAUGGAGGAGCAGGACGCCAGGGUCCCAACCCUGGAACCAUUCAGGGUGGAGCAGGCCCCACCUGUAAUCUACUAUGUUCCUGAUUUCAUUUCCAAGGAAGAGGAGGAGUAUUUGCUUCGACAGGUUUUUAAUGCCCCAAAGCCAAAGUGGACCCAGCUCUCUGGGAGGAAGUUACAGAACUGGGGUGGGCUCCCCCAUCCUCGGGGGAUGGUUCCUGAGCGGCUGCCCCCAUGGCUCCAGCGCUACGUGGACAAAGUGUCUGACCUCAGACUUUUUGGGGGUCUCCCUGCUAACCAUGUCCUCGUGAACCAGUAUCUGCCAGGGGAGGGCAUCAUGCCCCAUGAGGACGGACCACUGUACUACCCGACCGUCAGCACCAUCAGCCUGGGCUCCCACACCAUGCUGGACCUCUACGAGCCGCGGCAGCCGGAGGAUGAUGACCCUGUGGAACAGCCCCGGCCCCCGCCCCGGCCCACCACUUCGCUGCUGCUGGAACCGCGCAGCCUGCUGGUGCUCCGUGGCACCGCCUACACGCGCCUCCUCCACGGCAUCGCAGCCGCCCGGGUAGACGAGCUCGACGCCACCUCCCUGCCGCCCAAUGUGGCCGCCUGCCCGUCGGCGCGGCCCGGAGCCUGCCUGGUCCGCGGCACCAGGGUCUCGCUGACCAUCCGCCGCGUGCCCCGCGUGCUGCGCGCCGGCCUCUUGCUCGGCAAGUGAUCGCCAGGCUCUGGACCGUUCGGAUCCCGGUUUCCUGCCCAUCUAGGGGCUGCUGUGAUUCUGUGAACUUGGAACCCUGAGGCAGAGGCAGCUCCCCUGGGUUAUUUAUUUUCCCAAUAACUUUGCUGGAACCACAGAGAAAAAAAAAAAACAAAAAACCAUUCCAAAUAAACCAAAAAUAUCUUU